AUGAAGAUUACAGAAGGUGGUGUGUGCAGCUAUGGUGGUGGCUGUGGGUUACGCAAUCCAGUGAGGCCUGUGCCUACUCCGGUUCCGGUCAUUAUAGUUCAAUGUCAGUAUCCUGGUUACUAUGGUCAGCACGUACCGUAUCCCGUUUACAUGGGAAAUAAUGAUGAUGACGACUGGCAUUGCAUUCUGCCGAUACUACUGUUGUUACUAGCUGAUGGUGGCGGAUGUGGAGGGUUUAGGGGAUGGGGUGGUGGUUGUGGGGGUGGAUGCGGAUGUGGAUGCGGAUGUGGAGGAUGUGGAUGCGGAUGUAACUGCAAUUCAGGAUCUAACACCAUUCCAAUGCCUUAUCCUAUACCAAUUCCUAUUAAUAAUCCAAUAGGGUAUGAUGCUUAUGGCCAACGAGUGGAAUUCAUCUCGCAACCAGGAUCCGUUUCAACUACUUCAUACAUUCAACCAACUGGACCGUCAUUCGUCAUUCCAGCGGUCAUCAAGCCUCUCAUAGCUCCCGUUGAGUGUUAUCCCGAGCCCGUAGCUCCAUCUAUUCCUAAUUUACCUAACUACAAUGACUUCUAUAAUUUUAAUGGUUUUAAUGGUUUUAAUAACUUUAAUGGUCUUAAUGGUCCAUUUAUUCCACAUCCAGUGCCAGUAUUCUGUGGGGAUAAUGACGAUAACGACUGGCAUCAUCUUUUGUACUUCUUAAUAUUUGCCAAUAUGAGGAAUAGGGGUGGAUAUGGAUCUUCAUAUGGCUAUGGUGGAUACGGUGGAGGAUGCGGAUGUUGUGGUGGAUGCGGAUGUUGUUGUGGAUGCGGAUGUUGUUGUGGAUGCGGAUGUUGUGGUGGUUGCGGGUGUGGUGGUGGAUGUGGAGGAGGUUGUGGGUGUUGUAACUGCGGUGGAUAUCAAGAUAGCUACGGGUGCAAAUAUAAUGAUGGACCUUGUAACGGUGCUACUUAUGUCCCAUAUCCUAUACCAGUUCCAAUGAACUACCCUUACUCAGGCUUCACAUGUGGAUGCAAUGACUCGACGGAUGGCACACAACAACCAAUUGUCAUAGUUGUUGGUGAUGAUGAUGAUGAUGACGACGGUUGGGAAUGGAUUGAAUUGGUAUCGGCUAUUGCUUCGUUAAGAGGUAACAAUGGAGGGAAUAAUGAACCAAUAUAUGUUCCUUAUCCAAUACCUGUUCCAUAUGCUGUGACAAAAGGAAAAAAGAACGAUCGAAAUGCUGUUCAGGAAAUGGCCGUUCUGAUUGUGGUGGUGUGGAUUGUGGUUGUAACAAGUGUAGUUGCAGCAACAUUAAGCAUAAAUGUGAUCGUUGCAGAAAUUAAUGGAAUAAACAAUUUUUAU